AGAACCCUAAUUAAAGGCGCAAGAAGUCAGGUGCAGUGGUGCACAACACUCGUCCUUGGGAUUUUAAGGUUACUUGCGGUUUUUGUUGGGUCGUCGAGGAGGAGAAAUGGCGGCUGCAACCGUUGCUUCCAUGCCUUCUGGCGUCCCAGAUUAUCAAAGUCAGUGGGAAUUCAGCUGUGACUUCGAAGUAGAUUUUCAGUCGCAGGAAAAUGCUUCUAUUGUCUAUGCAGCAUUAGCUGUUGAUAAGGAGUUGCAACCAGAUAAGGUGAGAAGGCAAAUGACAGUUUCUGAUGGGAAGCUGUCAGUUCACUUUGAGGCAGCGGAGGCAAGGUUUCUUCGUGCAUCGUUUUCAGCUUUCGUUGACAUCCUUACGCUAGCUACAAAAACAAUUGAAGAAUUUGGCCAGAAAAUGAUAUCGUGAUGAACAAUUAGUCCUUACCUAAUCAGUGGCAUCCUCAUAUUGUGAAAUGAUCUGUAGGUCAAGCACUCUUUGCUAUUCGUGUAACUUACCUUUAUUUUUUGGGCCACUGAAAUAUAUGAAGAUAGUGUUUAUGGUGA